AUGCGUUCCAAGUUCAAGGACGAGCACCCCUUUGAGAAGCGCAAGGCUGAGGCCGAGCGCAUCCGCCAGAAAUAUGCCGACCGUAUUCCAGUGAUCUGCGAGAAGGUCGAGAAGUCUGAUAUCGCAACUAUCGACAAGAAGAAGUACCUUGUCCCCGCAGACUUGACUGUCGGCCAGUUCGUUUACGUGAUUCGGAAGCGCAUCAAGCUGUCUCCAGAGAAGGCUAUUUUCAUCUUCGUAGAUGAGGUUCUACCACCAACGGCUGCACUGAUGAGCAGCAUCUACGAAGAACACAAAGACGAGGAUGGGUUCCUUUACAUCACAUACUCGGGUGAGAACACGUUCGGGGACCUUUGA